GUCAUUUCUUACCUUUGUUUCUCUAUAAAAAAAACACAAACACUUGGACACCUGAAUUACGGAUAGAAAGAAUCAUACAUCCGAAAAAAAAAAUAGAGAGAGAAAUGGCAUCGUUGGGUGGAGUUAGCCAGGUUGAAGGAAACGCCAAUAAUCUGGAGAUGGAAAACCUCGCUCGUUUUGCCGUUGAUGAACAUAACAAGAAGGAGAAUGCGAUGCUGGAGUUUAAGAAAGUGGUGAACGUAAAGCAGCAGGUGGUUUCUGGGACUGUUUACUACAUAACAUUGGAGGCAAUGGAUGGUGACAAGAUGAAAAUUUAUGAAGCCAAGGUGUGGGAGAAGCCUUGGAUGAAUUUCAAGGAAUUGCAGGAGUUCAAGCUUAUUGGCGAUGCCCCUGCCGCUUGUACUGCCUCCGCUUAGGGUGACUGGAGAUUGGAGGUGAAAGGAUAUUAGGAUAUCAGAGGCGUCUUCCGCCUUUAAAUAAAUGUAACUAUGUCUUAUGUUGAUUCGGAUUUAACCUGUACUAAGUUCAGUGGUUUUAAGCUUAUCUAGAACAAUGUAAAUUGAUGUAAGUACAUAAUUUUACUUAUAUUGUGUAUCUUUUGCCUCUUAAUUAUUUCUUCUGUAAUCUCUUUAAAUUAAAUUAAAUUUAAGGUAAAGUAUACCAUUGUUCACUCAA